UUGGGGAGGCUUAGCUUUAUUGAAAAUCCGCCUAUGAAACUGGAAGCCAAAAGUUCCCACAAGCCAAUCAGCAAAAGUGCCACCAAAUUCCGCUAACUUUUUUUUCAAUCUUCGUAAGAAGUGAGCCGUGCAUUCUCUGCGCAUGGGCAGUAGAGUACGUGCUUUCUGCGCUUGCGCGUUCGACUGGCUGUGUGAGGAGUCUCACGUAGAAAACUAGCUGGGGGGGCUGGAUAAAUAGCUGCACUAGGGGGGCGGAGAAGGCAAAGAUUGCACGUAUAAAAUACCGGCCGGAGCCUAGGGGCUCACACUUGCUGGAUCCGGAGUAUAAGGACGGACGUAAAAGGCGGAUAUCAGUGGUCAUUGCGACAAGUGGGUAGAGUUUCCCAGUUCAUCACUCUGCACAAUGAAAAUUCACCUAGUAUUGCCCCUCUUGGGGCUUUUCUCUUGUGCACACGCAGACUUCUUCACCUCAAUUGGUCACAUGACAGAUUUGCUAAACACAGAAAAGGACUUGGUUACGUCACUGAAAGAUUAUAUUAAGGCAGAGGAGCAGAAAUUGGCACAGAUCAAAAAAUGGGCAGAUAAAUUAGAUCAUCUGACAGACACUGCAACAAAGGACCCAGAGGGAUUCUUGGGACAUCCAGUGAAUGCCUUCAAGCUGAUGAAGAGGCUCAACACAGAAUGGGUUAAAUUAGAGAAUUUGAUACUUAAAGAUAUAUCUGAUGGAUUUAUCUCUAACUUAACUAUUCAGCGCCAGUAUUUCCCGAAUGAUGAGGACCAGACUGGUGCUGCCAAAGCUCUACUUCGUUUGCAGGACACUUAUAACCUUGACACAGAUACUAUCUCUAAGGGAAACCUUCCAGGUGUUAAGCACAAAACAUCAUUAACAGCUGAAGACUGUUUUGAUUUGGGUAAAACUGCUUACACAGAUGCUGACUACUACCACACUGAGCUAUGGAUGGAGCAAGCUUUGAGCCAGUUGGAUGCAGGAGAAGAGUCUUCUCUUGACAAGGUCAUGGUCCUAGAUUAUCUUAGUUAUGCUGUGUACCAACAAGGGGACUUGGACAAAGCGCUGACCCUAACCAAACUGUUACUAGAGCUGGAUCCUGAGCAUCAAAGAGGGAAUGGGAAUCUGAGAUACUUUGAAUAUAUCAUGUCAAAAGAAAGUAAUAAAUCUAGCUCUAGCCCUUCCGAGGGUGCAGAACUCGGAACAAGGAAAGGUCGGCCCAAAGAUCACCUUCCUGAGAGACAGAAAUAUGAGAAGCUGUGUCGUGGAGAGGGUGUCAAAAUGACUUCCCGCAGACAAAAGAGACUUUUCUGCCGGUAUUUUGAUGGUAACAAAGAUCCAUUGCUCAUCCUGUCUCCCACAAAGCAAGAAGAUGAAUGGGACAAGCCACGCAUUGUGCGCUACCAUGAUAUUAUUUCUGAUGAGGAGAUUUCAAAGGUUAAGGAGUUAGCAAAGCCAAGACUGAGGCGAGCCACCAUUUCAAACCCUAUCACAGGAGUCCUGGAGACAGCUCAAUACAGAAUUAGCAAAAGACGGGCUACAGUGCAUGACCCUCAAACAGGAAAGUUGACCACUGCUCAAUACAGAGUCUCUAAGAGUGCCUGGCUGUCUGCGUAUGAAGAUCCAGUGGUCGCACGUCUCAACCGAAGAAUCGAAGGAGUAACAGGACUGGACAUGUCCACAGCAGAAGAAUUACAGGUUGCAAAUUAUGGAAUGGGAGGACAAUAUGAACCACACUUUGACUUUGCACGGAAAGAUGAGCCAGAUGCCUUUAAAGAACUUGGAACAGGCAACAGAGUUGCUACUUGGCUAUUUUAUAUGAGCGAUGUGGAAGCAGGUGGCGCUACAGUAUUUCCAGAAGUAGGCGCAGCUGUAUAUCCCAAAAAGGGGACAGCGGUCUUCUGGUACAAUCUUUUUGAGAGCGGUGAAGGUGAUUACAGCACAAGGCAUGCAGCCUGCCCUGUAUUAGUUGGAAAUAAAUGGGUGUCCAAUAAAUGGAUACAUGAGCGGGGUCAGGAGUUCCGAAGGCCGUGUAAUUUAUCAGAGUUGGAAUGAUACAAGCUUUUUUUUUUUUUUUUCUGGGAAAAACAUUUUUGCAUUCUUCAAACUUCCCAUACAUUCAAAGUUUGCACAGUUUUCAAGCAAGUCCACAGUCUACUAGUCCUAAAAACUUUGUGGGGAAAGACAAUUAUGUAGAAUAAAGAGCCCGAAUCUUCUAUUUUGUGUCCAAAAAGGGAGAAAUGUGUUGGAUACGACUGGAUACGAAAUUCCUUUCUCUGAUCUGUAUUUCUCUAGUGAUGGAAACCUGCUUCUUCUCCAAGAGACUAUUGCUGAAGGGUGCCAGAUAAUUCCAGCUGAAAAGGAAAUAGCAACAAGGACAAGAAUCAGUCAGAAAUUAAUUAUAGCCUCAGGUCUUAUGUGAUGGUCAUUGAGUUACUACUUAAUUAGAAAAAUGAAAUGUUUAAAUUUCAUUCUAAAUUGAAAAAAUCAAAAAGUUAUACUAUACUAAUCAAUUAUUUCAUGCCAGAGAGCUAUGGCCACAUUGUAGUCAAGAUAUAGAGAAAUCAUAAGGGUCAAAGCAAUCCCUAUUCAUAAACAAGGAAUAGUCUGCCUUUAGGAAACACAGGCUUGUGUAUUGCUCAGCUCUCUGUCCAAGAGACCGUUGCAAACCAGGAUUUUGAUUUUAUGAGGCUUGAAGCAAUUUGCCAUGAGAAUUGGACUUCAACAGUAUAUUGGUCAUUUGCACAUCUAAUUUCUCUACUCCCCUGUACCUUCCAUAGGACUUUAUUGCUUUUGCAUUUUUGCAGCUUUAACUCUGAGUAGGGAUCUGCUAUGUAAUGGUGCAGCAUUUAAAGAAAAAUGGAAAAAGGCCAGGCAAGUUACUGUUGUGUUACUCACUGCCAGGAGACUUCUGCUUGUUAAAGUGCUCUGAAGUUUGUGUCAGCCUAAAUAAUGUGCAAUCUAUAAAGCUGUCCCGUGCAAGCUCCAGUCUGCUAUAAUGGAAAGCAUCCCUUUCUGUACAUUAGUUUUAAAGAGCCAAUAACCUGCAAUGUGCAUGUUCCGUGGCCAGCGGGAAGCGUUGUUCAAUGCUUUUGGUUGAGACAUAUGACCAGCCAAAUGCCAAACAAAGCCCAAUCACAUAUUUAAGGGAAUCCAGUUUACUUAUAAAUACUCAGUGAUACAUUUGUAUUGCUAUUUGGCAACAAGGGAAUGCACUGGUGCAGAUUACUGGCUUUUUUGCUAUUUGUUACAAUUCUGUGCCUUAGCUUUCCUGAGACUGGGCCACAAACCCAUUCCUUUCAUUACAUUUUCCUUUUGUUGCACCUUUCAAUGGAUCCUUCAUUAUUCUAAAUUACGCGUGUUCCAUCGACUUAAAGGAAAAGUAACACAAAAUAAUGAAAAUGUAACAAGGUAAUAAAAAUAAGUACUGUUGCCCUGCUGUGUGUUAGUUUAAAAAAUCCAAGUAUGGUUUUAUAAACAUCUUCUGUGUAGCCAUGUGGGUAGCUAUUCAAAUUGAGAUAGAAUGGCCAAGGUAACAUAGCAUAUAAUGGGUAAGCUCUGUAAAAUACCUUAGUAUCCUAUAGAGCUUAUCUGUUAUCUGCUGUGUAACCUGUACCUUUUUUCAUCUUGAAUGGCUACCCCGUGGCUACACAGCAGAUUAUUUGCAUAAGUUCUCUUUCUGAGUUUUACCAGUGCAGGACAAUCUUACAUUAUAUUUAAUUACUUUAACACUUUUCAAUUUCUAGUGUUACUGUUCCUUUAACUGAGCUUUGAUUGAAUACAGCCAUUUUUUUCUUCAUUCCAUCAGAGAACAGAUCUUAUUUGUAUUUCAGAGCAUUUUGUGGCAAUGAAAUUUGACCUAUUUAUAAUCCAAUUUAAAUGCUUUUUUAUUUUAUUUUUUUUUUUUUUGUAUUGUUGUAGUUUGGGGGGAAAUGAAGUUUGCUGCAUUAUAACACAUAACUGAAGGAUAUUGAGAUUACGUCCCUGUUAUGAUCACAAUACCAUUUCCUAAUGCCAUGUGCUGCAUUCUUCCCCAAAUUAUAUUUCUAUUAAAAUCAUAAAAUCAA